CCUGACUUCAUUGGUUGGGAAGAUGAGGUUUCAGGGUACUUGGAGCUGCAUAAUAAAAUAGGCCAAAGUCAGCAUAGUUUCUCUUCAGGGGAAAUCUUGCCAGACAAAUCUGUUGGAAUUCUUUGAGGAAAUAACAGGCAGAACAGGCAAAGGAGAGUCAGUAGACAUUGUUUACUUGAAUUUUCAGAAGACCUUUGAUAAGGUACCACACAUGAAGCUGCUUAACAAAUUAAGACCCCAUGGUGUUACAGGAAUGAUAUUAGCAUGAAUAGAAGAUUAGCUGUCUGGCAGGAGGCAGAAUCAGAAUACAGUGGGCCCAUUCUGGUUGGCUGUUGGUUACUGGUAGUGUUCUACAGGGGUCAGUAUUGGGACCACUUGUUUUCACUUUUGUCAGUGAUUUGGAUGAUGGAAUUGAUGGCUUUGUGGCCAAGUUUGCAGGCAAUAGGAAGAUAGGUGGAGGGACAGGUGUUGUUGAGGAAGAAUGGAAGUCUGAAGAGGGAUUUGGACAAAUUGGGAGAAUGGCAAAGAAGAGGCAGAUCAAAUAUAGUGGAGGCAAACCUAUGUUCAUGCACUUUGGUAGAAGAAAUAGAGGUGCAGACUAUUUUCUAAACUGGGAGAAAAUUCAAAAGUCAGAGAUGCAAAGUACUUGGGAGUCCUUAUGUGGGAUUCUCUAAAGGUUAACUAGUAGGUAGAGUUGGUGGUAAGGAAGGCAAGUGCAAUGUUAGCAUUCAUUUCAAGAAUAUAAGAGCAAGGAUAUAAUGCUGAGGCUUUAUAAAGCAUUGGUCAAACUGCACUGUAUUGUGAACAGAUUUAUCUAAGAAAAUAUGUGCUGGCUUUGGAGAGGGUCCAUAGGAGGUUCACAAGAAUGAUUCCAGGUAUGAAAGGGUUAACAUAUGAGGAACGUUUGAUGGCCCUGGACCUACACUCACUGGAGUUCAGCAGAAUGUGGGGGAAUAUAAUUGAAACCUAUUGAAUAUUGAAAGAUCUAGAUAGAGUGGAUGUGGAGAGUAUGUUUCCUACAGUGGGUGAGUCUAGGAUCAGAGGGCACAACCUCAGAAUAGAGAGACAAAGAAGGCAAAUGCAAUGUUAACAUUCAUUUCAAGAGGACUAGAAUAUAAAAGCUAGGAUGUAAUGUUGAGAUUUUAUAAAGCACUGGUGAGGCCUCACUUGGAGCUAUUUUGGGCCCUUUAACUUAGUAAGGAUAUGCUGAAACUGGAGACGGUUCAAAGGACAUUCAAAAAAUGAUUCCAGGUUUGACUGGCUUGUCAUAUGAAGAGCAUUUGGUGACUCUGGGCCUGUAUUCGCUAGAAUUCAGAAGAAUGAGAGGUGACAUUAUUGAAACCUAUUGAAUGGUGAAAGGCCUUGAUAGAGUUGAUGUGGAGAGGAUGCUUCCUAUAGUGGGAGAGUCUAAGACCAGAGGACACAGCCUCAGAAUAGAGGGGCACCCUUUUAGAACUGAUGUGAGGAGGAAUUUGUUUAGCCAGAGAGUGGUGAAUCUGUGGAAUUCUUUGCCACAGGCAGCUGUGGAGGCCAAGUCUGCAUGUAUAUGUAAAGCAGGAGUUGAUAGAUUCUUGAUUGGUCAGGUCAUGAAGGUACACAGGGAGAAGUUAGGAGAUCGGGGCUGAGGGGAAAAAUGGAUCAGCCAUGAUGAAAUGCUGGAGCAGACUCAAUGGGCCAAAUGGCCUAAUUCUUCUCCUGGGUCUUAUGGACAUCCAUUUAGAACAGAGAUAAGAAGGAAUUUCUUCAACCAGAGUGUGGUGAAUCUGGAAUUAAUAGCUAAGGAUGGCAGUGGAGACCAAGUCAUUGAAUAUAUUUAAAGUGGAGGUUGAUAGUUUCUUGGUUAGUCAGAGCAUCAUAGGUUACUUGCAGAAGGCAGGUGAAUGGAGUUGAUUAUAAAUCAGCCAUGAUAGAAUGGUGGAGCAGACAUGCUGGACCAAGUGACCUAAUUUGUUUCUAUGUCUUACAUCCUUAUGGUAUUAUAAUUGGAAUACAGUAGAGAUUCAAACCUCAGUCGCUGGGUCAUACCGGCCAACACUUUAUCCUAUCCCACUAUAAUUCUUUCAAAAUGUUCAUUCUAGGUACUGGUGAUGUUUCCUCCAAAUUCCUAUUAAUAGUCAUAGAGAGAUACCGAGUACUCCAGUCUACUGUACCCAUGCUGAUUAUCAACCACACAUUUACACUAAUCCCAGUUUAUUUCUCCCCAUAUUCUCUUCAACUGUUCAGAUUCUACUCCUUACCUGCAUGCUAGGGACAAACUACAGAGCCCAAUUAACCUACCAACAUUCAUCUAUUUGGGAUAACACUGGAACAACUGGAGGAAACCCAUGUGGUCACAGGGAGAAGGAGAAAACUCCACAUUGACAGUAGCCAAGGUCAGGAUUAAAACCUGGGUCUCUGUGGCUAUGAGGCAGAGGCUCUAUUAGCUGUGCCACUCUAAAACAGAUUUGUACAUAUAUUCAGUCAAGCAUUUCGCAAAUUUUUCCACAGCCCACUUCAGUUGUCACUUUCUUAAAACAAAAUCUCAAGGAAAUUAAUGAAAUGCAAUCUUACGUUGAACUUCAUUUGCAAAUUCUCAGCUGAUGGAACCACCUCAUUGUCACCUAGACAACAUUCCAGCCUGGGCUGACAAAUGGAAGAUAAAUACCUUCAACUUAUCCAAAUCUUCAAAAGGCACCACCAUUCCCAGAUCCAAACAAAUAACAUCCUCAGAAUCCCCUACAGAUAAAAGAUCAAUUUUCUUCGACUAUAAUGAAUGCUGAUGGAAUAUGCAUUACUUGCCCCAAAAGAUGAAGCUCUGACAAAACUAAUCACUCUGCACCCUCCAGUAUUAAGCAUUUAUUUGAUUGUUCUUUGACUCAUUAUUCUGUUUUGUUUCAGAACACCAGGAGGAAAGAAAUCUAAUUAAAUGGAAUCACUCAUUCCAAAUUUUUCCUACAAUUCACUGGUCCAAUGAUAUUGUGAUGAGGAGAAAUGCCCAGUUAUAGUGUCUUUAAGGUAUCUUUACCACAAGGAACAGUAUCAUUUAUAUUUAUUGAAGCUCAUAAAGUAUUCAUUGGUAGACUAUAAAAAUGUCAAAUAAAUUUAAGCUAAUUUUCUCACUUACAGCUUUGUAAAGGAGGUAAACUGUAAAGUGCUUUACACUAUUCUUCCUAAAGUGGGCAAAUGAUGUAAAUUGAUGUUCUGUUUAGGAAUGGAAUUGUUUGUUAGAAGAUGCCAAAUGAUAAAAAUCUGUUGGAGAAGAUAUACACUGAAUUGCCACUUUAUUAGUUACAUACAAGAUUUAAGAAAGUCACCACUCAGAAUAUGUUCAUGGUCUUCUGCUGCUGUAGCCCAUCAACUUCAAGGUUCAACAUGCUGUGUGUUCAGAUAUGCUCUUCUGCACAGCACUGUUAUAACACAUUCUCCUCUGGCCUCUCACACUAACAAGGCAUUUUGACCCACCCACAGAACUGCUGCUCACUGGAUUUUUUUCCCCUUUUUACAUCAUUCUCUAUAAAAUCUCGAAUGCAUGAAAAUCCUAGGAGAUCUGCAGUUUCUGAGACACUCAAACAACCCUAUCUGACACCAACAGUCAUUCCACAGUCAAAGUCACUUGGAAAUGUUGUUCAGACCAUUCUGGUGUUUGGUCUGAACAAGAAUGAACCUCUUGACCAUGUCCGCAUGCUUUAUACAUUAAGUUGCUGCCACAUGAUUGUCUAAUAAGAUAUUUGCAUUAACAAGCAGGUCUACAGGCAUUCUUAAUAAAAUGGCCACUGAGUGUAUUUAUGUUAGACAGGCUCAUUUGAGUAUAGAAAAGAAGUAGACUUGCAACUACAUCAUGUCUCUUAGUCUGUUUGGUAAAGUUAAGUUUGACGGAUUCCUAAAGUAUACAGAAAACAAAAUAUGGUCGGCAAAUUAGUCAGAUUUGCUGUGGAUUAAAAUAACACGGAAAAUCUUCUCAAAGUUGUUCCAAAAAUUUGCACCUCCGCAAUUUGUCAUGAAUGUAACCAUAGGGAGUUUGUGUGGAGAAGCAAUAUGUGUGCUUGUCUUUGUGUUACAAGCAUUUGUCUACAAUAGAUGCAGAUUAAUAUUUUAAAAAUCCAAUUAGCAUCAAAAAUGCAUUAAAAUCAAAAUGUAUGUUGGUUUUUAUCAUACUCAGAGUAUAAUUAAAUGAACUGUUUGAAAAUUUUGGAAUUGCACAGGAUACGCAAUAGAUAUCUUUUGACCCAAUAUGAGCAUGCUGGCAGUUAUGCUUGUUUCAAGUCUUCUCAUGUCCUUCCUAUCCAAAAUGUUAUCAGCAAUACUGCCUCCUUCCAAGUUAUGUAUUUCGCAAUCUUAUGACUUUAACCCCUUGUCUUCUCAGAAGAAUAUAAAACAUAAAAUCCAACUUCCCUUUAACUAUAUCUCUAUUGUUCACCUCAACCAUUCUGUUGUAGUGAGUUUCUAAUGAACACUCCAUUGUGUUCAACUCUCUACCCAUGGCUGCAUUUUCACCUUUUUUAAGAGUCCCUUUGUAUUUAUUCCCCUUUCCACAUAUAUGCCUAAUUGUCUACUCCUAUAUUUUAUCCUUACCCAAUUUUAAAUUACUUUUAAAGCAUUUGAAACUCAAGUGCCAGUAAUUUACUGAGGACUGUAAGGACCCCAGUUUUAACGGGAGUGCUUUUCGAAAUAGAUACGUACUUUAAGAUUAUCUUCCAGUUCCAUUCCGGAAUUGUUUCUAGCACAGUUGUUGUAUUCGCCUUUAUAAUACCUUUCGUCCAUGGUUCUAAGUUUCUCAGGCUGUACCUCUAUUACAGCAAAGGAGAACUCGGUGUAAUUUUAACGUUUGACAUAAGUGUAAAACGGAUGACAUUGACCCCUUUCGACUUUCCAUUCCUUUGAUGUCAAAGCAAGAUUAUUCAAAGGAGUUUAACUAUUACAAAUAAGUCAUGGAACUUGAAGACAGACUGAAGACAACAUUUUCGAUCCGAUCUCGAAUACAGUUUAAGAAAAUGGGAGAGAAGUUACUUCAGUCACCAAGUGACUAAAAAGAAUGUUUCAUUUUGAUGACUGUUGGCAAAUAGUAAGCAUCAAUUAAAUUUGCGGUAAUUUUGUGCUUAUUGCGACGGUUUUGCGGCAUUGUCUGCUCUGCCCGGGGUUGCGUUACGACUCUGAAAGGGCUCUAUCUUGGCCCGUUAACAGCGAUGCGGGAAUCUGCUUUGAAACAGUCAAAUUUUGCUUCUGCCCUGCCUAAGUUUAGUUUCCUUUUAUUGUUCGCAACUAUGUUUCUUACGGCAGCCGUGGUGAUUUUCUUUCUCGUUCUCCCCUCCGAAGAAAAGAACAAAGAUUUUUAUACUUUUAAAACAGUGAACAUCAGAGGCAAGUUAAUAUCACUGGAGAAGUACAGAGGGUCGGUUUCGUUAGUUGUCAAUGUCGCCAGUGAGUGUGGCUUCACAGAAAAUCACUACAAAGACCUCCAGCAGCUGCAACGGGAAUUAGGGCCAAUGCAUUUCAACGUCCUGGGAUUCCCCUGUAACCAAUUUGGGAAUCAAGAGCCGGGACCUGACCAAGACAUUGAGAAGUUUGUUCGUAAAACCUAUGGAGUUUCCUUCCCGCUGUUCAGUAAGAUUGCUGUCAAAGGUACUGGAGCAAAUGCAGCAUUCAAAUAUUUGAUAGACUCCAUUGGUAAGGAACCAGACUGGAAUUUCUGGAAGUAUCUUGUGGAUCCAAAUGGUAAGGUGGUCAAUGCUUGGCCACCUAGUGUUUCAGUUGUAGAAAUAAAGCCCCAAAUCGUAUCGCUAGUGAGACAACUCAUAGUGAAACGCAAAGAAGAAUUGUAACCUGACCCUGAAUUAAUGUCUUAUAAUUCAAUUGGUCAAUAGUUUGUGUUUUAAGUUUUGUUUUGUGAAGCCCAUUAAUUUGUAUGAACCAUAAAUUGUGUUUUUCUCAAAUGCAAGAAAAAAGCCAAUUCAACCACUAUUUAUACAGUAUUACAAUUUACCUGUUUUUUUUAAAGAAAAACAUAUGUUUAACUUCAGUAGCUCCAUUUUGUUUAUUGUGCUGAGGAAAUGAGCAGAAUUCAUGAAAGUUCUUAAAAAAAAUCAUUACAGGUUAAAACUCAUUAUGUCAUAUCAGUUCUUCAAUAUUAGGAAAAAUGGGCCCAUUUCUCCAUUCCUAAGGGGUAAUUUUAAUUUGGAGUUUAAUUUAGCAAGGGAAUAGGCUGAGCCCUACAUGUGAUUUUAACAUCAGUCCUUUCAGUUGACUCUGUGAAUCAGAUGGAAAGGGCUAUUUAGGUGAUGGGUGGCAGUGGAAGUUUUAAGGUAACCUGGCGGUUCAGCCUGAUCUGUUGAGAGAGUGGACAGUCUACUCUACAGCAAGGUAGACCUCACAUUUUCUUUUAUGCUCUUUAAAAGUCUUCCAGUUUCUUUUGGCCCCAUAGGGAGUUUUAUUUUAAACACAUCUCUUCUUCUUGUACAUACUCCUGUUUUCACCUGGGGAGACAGCCAGAGUAACCACUCACGCACCCACUAAGGUUUAAAGUUCGUACAAAAAAGCUGGAUGAACUCAGCAGG